CAAAAUUAAAGUCACACAUAUACAUAUAUAGAUAGAUUAUCCACCAUUUACACAUGAGGAAGAAGAACGUGAAAAUAUGACUCUAAAAGUAUUAGACGAAACCCUCGAAGUAUUUGGUGCCAGUUACCAGGACAGAGUUGUCUACGACGACAACUUGAUUGACCGAGUCAACCAUUAUUAUACCGGUAUGAUGUUGUUUAUGUUUGUCGUUGUCAUAGGAACACCGGAACUGGUAGGCACACCCAUUGAGUGCUGGUGCCCGACCGAAUUUAACAAAGAUUAUGAGGAGAAUGCUAAUUUUAAUGACGUCGAUGUCUGGGUAAAAUAUGUAAAUUAUAUAUGUUGGAUUUCUAAUACAUAUUACAUCCCUAUGAGCAAACCUGUCCCCAUGAGUUACGAGAUUCGACAAACCAACAAGAUAUAUUAUUAUCAAUGGACGCCAUUAAUAUUUUUAGUUAUGGCAUUUUUGUUUAAAAUGCCAAGGGCGAUUUGGAAAUAUUUGUCUACAAAAUGUGGCGUUGGAAUCAAGAAAUUUAUGACGACAGCAAAAGACACACAGACAGAAAUGUUUUUUGCUGCACGAAGAACGCAUCAAAUAAAUUUAGCCAAUGCAGGACAACCUCCAAUGGACCAAAUGGAUUUUUUCCCGCCAGGGUAUGAUAUGGAGAUUGAACGCCAAAAAGUUUUACAAUCACUAGGGAAAUAUAUCAGCAUUUGGUGUUCUGAUGCAAAUAAAGGUGCCCACCUGAAAGAAGGUAGAACACGAUUAAACAAACUGUUCGACUUCGGAAUUGGAAGACAUCAUGGGAAUUUCCUAAUGGUGCUCUUGAUAUUUGUUAGAUUUUUGUAUUUGGUUAAUGUCGCUGGACAAUUGAUACUUCUGAAUGAGUUCUUAGCAGACGAUUUCUACAUUUACGGAUAUGACGUUAUGGAAAAGUUUUUGGCGGGAAAGGAUUGGGCUUUAAAUCAUAACCGAUUUCCAAGGGUGACGCUGUGCGAUUUUGAUUUGCGGCAGCUGACAAAUGUUCAGCGUUACACAUUACAAUGUGUUCUUCCUAUCAAUCUAUACAACGAAAAGGUUUUCAUCGCAUUGUGGUUUUGGUUGACAUUUAUUUUGGUUGUAACCUUUCUAAACUUCGCAUUCACAUUAAUCAUGGCAUUAACUUCACGAUCAAGGGAAAAUUAUAUUAUCAAAUAUUUAUUAUUGAACGAUAUCGAUGUGCAUGAUGAAAAAACUGGUAACCUUGAUAAAAAGGUUAAGCUUUUCAUAUACGGCCAUUUAAAAUUCGAUGGAAUAUUUCUUUUGCAAAUGUUGUCCAAUAAUGCAGGAAGCGCAAUCACGCAAGAUAUCGUUCGCUAUACCUGGGAAGAGUUCAACAUCAAGAUAAACGAACAGUUUCGCAUACAGCGAACCGGAAGUGAAACAAGUUCAUAUCGAUCAUCGGCUGCGUCAUUACACAGCAUCGGAAACUCAAGAUCGUCUUCCGUAAACGGUUCGGGAUUAACACAUCGAACCGGAAACAGAUAUCAGAUGAAUCUGCAAUCAAACACUUUCGCAGACUCUCAACAAAAUGGCACACAAAAACAUAAUAUCCGGGACUCAUUUGUUUCAGGCGGACGAAGUCAUGCGGAAGUGUCUACGGAAAAGAAAGUGAUGAAGCCUAAUGAAACGUUUGUGUAAUUAAAAUGGAGAAUCAUGAAACAUUUUGUAGCGUGAAUUAAACAAUAAUUUAGAAAAAGCGACAAUAAAGUUCGUAAAUAUCUCAAAACAGGAAAUACAUGUAGGAUAUAUUUACGCUCUAUAAACAACAAAGAGGGUAUGACGUCGAGUAAAUUUGUCAACAGUUUAUUAGAAAUUUUAAAUCCAAUGAAACGGAAGCAUAAAUCGACAUUUGGAUUUAAAUGAUUGAAUGUUUUCUUAACGUCCGAUGGCAAAUAUUGUAUCUAUAUCCAGGAUCUUUAAGACAGAGAGGGAUACAAAAGAAAUGACAACAGGUGAUUUUUUUUUCUUUCUUCGAAAAAGAUUCUCAGACUCUCAGAUUACAAGAAAUGACAGAGUACAAUAAACCUGCAUAUACAUUUAUUUAAAACAAGACUUAUUUUCGAAUUGUGACAGUGAUAUUUUCUCCCAAAAAAAGUAAAACCACAAAAUUACUUGAACUCAGAAGAAAAUUCAAAACGGAAAGUCCCUCAUCAAAUGGCAAAAUCAGAAGCUCAAACACAUCCAACGAAUGGAUAACAACUGUCAUAUUCCUGACUUGGUACAGGCAUGUUCUUAUGUAGAAAAUUGUGGGUUAAACCUUGUUUUAAAGCUAGCUUAUUUCUCACUUGUAUCAUAGUUACAUAACAUUUCAUUACUGAUAUAUUGACAACGUUGUGUGAACAAAGCAAACAAAAUAGGUCAAAUAUCAAAAUAGGUAUACAACAUGUGCAGUAGUGAGAGUAAUCACAAUAAAACAGAAAAAUAUGUUGCAAAGAAACACAAAAAUAAAAGCACAUAAGCAAAAAUGAAUGACAAGAAUACACAGAACUACCAUAGCACAAUAUGACGCAAUGACGCAAUGACGAUUUUCAGAUUUCAGAUUACAGGUUAAGACGGAUAGCAUGUUUAUAAGAUUGAUUUUACAUUAGAUAGCAAUUGUUCAUUUUGUUUUCUUUUAGCUCAUUUUAAAUAGCUAAUGAUAUCGUUUACUAACUAAGAUUUGUUUUAAAUUGUGAAAGUGCGUGCACACAUUUGGAUAUUUAUUGCAUAAGGUUCAUAAUGUCAUAUGUUUAUAAGAUCAUUUGGUUGUCAGCUACCGGUACGAUAAAUAAGUGCUAACUGAUUUUUUUUUUCAUUUUUUGCAAACUGUUGUAAAAAAACAUGAACUGAAAGAUGUAAAUUAAAACUAUGUGUUCUAUAAAGUAUUUCUGUUUGUUUCCUUUAAAACAAAAUACCGUCCUUAACAAAAGUCAGGUACCAUUAUGUUAAGCUACAUAAUCCGUCACAUUUUUGGUUUGGCUUUACCAAUAGUUUGAACAUAUGCUAAUGCUUUAUAAAGCUUUUAUGUAAAUAUAAAAAUCAACGUAUGAAUUAUUUCAUUUUAACUGGAGAGACAACUGAGUGGUAAUAUAAGAAAGUUUUCCAAUAGACACAAUACCUUAACCUUUAACAUACUAAUGCAAACAUAUGUUUGUCGUUAUUUGUCGUUUUUUGUAGGUAUAAUUCGUGACUACAAUUAAAAAAGUAAAUAUGAUACUAUCAAUGUUUUAAUUACAAACCCGUGGCUUUUAAUGCACUGGUUUUAAAUUGGAUAAUAAUUCUAAAAGAUUAUGAUCAAAUGGCUGAUCUUUUGUAGGCUUU